UUCAUGUAAAUAUGUAAUUACUAUGUAACUAAGUAUUUAAAAUAGAUAGCUGAAAUUUUACGUUUUACGAAAUAUCGAUAAUUUAAACUAUGAGCUAGUUUCCAUUUUCCUGGUUCGCUGCUAAUAAUUUUGCUAAAAUGUUGAUUAUCGCAUCAUCCAACAAUUAUAUUCGCAAUGUUAAGUUGACUAUAUGGUAAUUAUAUCUCAUGCACAUACACGUUGCAACGAAAAAGUUUUCAGUACAAACUUUUUUUUCAAUUUUCGACUUUCACAAAGGGUUCGCUUUUAACUUAAUCUUCAGUGCGACCGUGAAUUUCCGCGCAAGAAAAAAAAAAGAGAAAUGCAUGUGUGCGUUCGACAAGAGAAAGACGAGGUGGGACAAGGAGGGGCGCGCAUCGCGUGCGAAACGUAAUUUCUCCCGUUUUCGUGUGUUCUGCUACCAUAAAUGCGGAGUGAAAGACACACUCAAUGCAUAGUGCGUACGAGAGACGAUCGAUAAGAAUCGAUAGGAGACUUCUGACGAAAAAAAGAAAAAAAAAACACCAUGCACAACGGUUGACAUGUAAUGCACGAAGCUUCGCAAUUAUUGCCUUCCCUUUCGCAAGAGUGAGUGUCUCUUCGUUCCCCCCUAUAUAUUAUUUGCGUCGCAAGACUUUUUAUUCAACUUCAUCGACCAAAACUGCCGUUAGCUCUUUAAUACUUAAUUACCCUUCUUUCAACUCUCCCCCUCCCCUUUCAAUUGCAAUUAUUACUGUAUGAGCGAAGGAGAAGGAUGCUGUUUAUCUGAAAAAUUCUAAAUGUAACUAAAACACGAAAUGUUCCGACGAGCCACUUAGCAAACUUUCGAAAAAGUCCUUGAGCCUUGUGUCACUCAAUAAUAACACGAAAUAUGCACGACCAACGCGUGGCCGACGCACUAAAGCAGCGGGAGAGAAAGCCUUCAAUGAAGGAUGAAUCCACUCAAUCGGUCGUACCUUGGUCCGUUUAUGAUGGUCCAGUUAUGAUGCCCCAUAACAAACAGUCGCACGUCGAGUCUAAUGGUAUCGAAAGGCGCUUGUCCCAAUUCGAUGAACGUUCUAUUAUCAAUAUGAAUCAUUCCAACUCCCUCGCCUGCGAUAUCGUCGAGCUCUUCUGCAAGAACAUCGAGGGUAACAUCGAAGAAAGCACGGCUUGUCCGCGAAUUUCCAGCUCGACGGAACUCGAAGAGGACGAGGUUGAGGUGUGUGUCACCUGCAAGGAUUGCGCGGAAUGUCAGCUAUUGCAACAGCAAGCUAAAGACGCCGCUGUUGCAAAAAUAUGCAAGAUUGAGAGAGAUCUGAGCGAUCAAGAAGAAGAAUUGACGGAACAUUUAGAUUAUUACGAAGAUGAUGUCGACGGUGUGGAGACGGUCUCUACAUCGAGCAUGAUGACGGCCUCCUCGAUGGAACGCGGGGACACUCCAAUUCUCGUAGAUCUGACCAGUGAGGAGUCUAAGCCAAUUACUUGGAAGCAGACCAUCUUGAAACGAUUCAACAACGCCGAAGAAAGUUUGGAGAUAUCGGAAUCUCACAUCAUGAUAGCCGACAGUUCUAGCAGAUUGCAACGCGGUGGCACAGGCAGCAGUCUGGCGACCGCCCUGAGAGAUCGUGGUCCUUGCGUGAUUCCCGUGCAGCCUAAUCGCUCCCUACCGAUCCGACCAGCGCCGCCGACGCCAACGAGGUCAGCGGCGUCGAUAGUAACGUUGCGAAAGACACGCUCUCCGCUUCUCAAGUUGUCAAAAUCCGCGAAUCUGGAUGUGGUCGAGUUGCAAUCGAACAUCUCUCCGAACAGCUCGUUGACGAACGAACUGAACGAAUUUCCUUUUGAGCAGCAGGAUGGAAACGGAGACGGAAUGAUGCUUACGAAUGAGUUCAUCGAUCGCUCGGACUACAUUCUUCCAGACAUGACUAAUGUUGUAGAGAUUACGGAGGAAGUCAACAACGUUAAAAGAAAAAAUGGCGAGAAUCAGGACAGGGAAGAAAUAACCAAGGAGAUAAAGAAACGAAAAAAAUCCCACGAAGCCGACGUCGGUCAUACUCGCGAAGAAUGUGUCAAGAAUAUUUUAAAGGAGUAUUCCAGAAGUUGUUCCAACAAUUUGGUCGACAAAGAGGAAAGAAAAUUGCAGCAACACGUGAUGGUGAGGCUGUGGGAUGACAAGAGAUAUUCAUCACCGGUUGUGGUGUCGACAACGGAAUCGGAGGCAGAAAAGAAGGAAACCUGUAACAAAGUCGUGCCGCCUUUAAGACUGAAGAAAAUUGUGCGCGAAGCAAGCACUACCGAAUAUCAAUGUAAUGUCGAGGUGAAUGCCGAUUUGAGAAAUGAAUCCAACUAUCGCAUCGUCACUGGCGCCACGCCACGUCCGGAAUCUUCGUCCGGGUACUCCGAUACUUCUUUCUGGGGCAGCGUGGCUUCGGAGGAGGAACUCGAACCGUCGACGGACAACGUGCGGGACAAGAACCGGCGAUCCUCGCCGAAGAGCGAUGGCUACAAGAUCAAGUACCGUCGCAACCGGUUGCGCCAGAAACUGCGGGAACUGCGUGGCAAAGCAUUGGAGCUCUCACGGGAGAUGGCCGCGUGCAAUAACGCUGCUGACACGAGUCCACAGCGUAGCACCCGGCUACGGCAGAUGAUGAAUUGUUAUGAGAAGCAGAUCGAGAACAUCUCCAAGCUGUUAUGCAAACUGUCUGCCUCGAUACCGCCUACGACUGACGACGUCGUCGUCGAUCUCGAUUACGAGAACGAGAUGAACGAGCGCACGUCAGUUGAGAAAACCGCUGUCGACAGCAACGUCGCCCAGGUAAAUGGAAUAUCCAGAAGCAGCGUUUCUUCGUCCCCCUCCCCGCCAAAACUAUCGCCACGUUCACCCAUCGACUACGAGAAAUGUGAAUCGCCUGAUGCAGCAAGGAACAGUCCGCCAGUGCUACCCAGAGUUUACAUAGCAAUCCAGCCGACUGCUCUCGAGUGCUUGAAGCCAACUUUGGUUGUCAAAAGCUGGCACAAAGGCAACAGCUCGCCGAGUUUAUCGAUUGAGAAAGAAAUGAAGGUGAAUGAUACGAAUCAAACGAUAAUACGCGACGAUGUUACAACGGUACCAGCUAUAUCCCUGGUUUCAUCGUCCGAGUUUGAAGAUCCGCAAAAUAGCACGGCGGAGUGGGACGGAGAGCAACCCUCGCCGAAGAAUCUGGAAAUCGAGGAGAAAAUUCCGGAGGAUACUAAAACGUUUGGCAAUAUUGAGGAACAUCAACAAACGACAACGACGAACAGCUUUCUAGAUUCGAUGAUGGACAUUGAGAUAGACGGAAACGAUGUAAAAGAUACGAAGGAACGAUCUGUCGCCCAAGAACAUCUCCAAGUGACACAGGCUCCGGAAACCGUCGCAAACAACCAAGUCGCCAGUGAGAAACAGGAACUGGAGCAGAAAUCGAACGAGGCUCUACCGUCCAAUCCGUCGAUCGAGGAAACUAGGAAAACAAAAUAUGGGACUUACAACUUGGACGAAAGGAUCAAUGGCAAAAAUAGGGUAGUCACGAGUACAGUUACAAAUGCACAGGAAGCGUCACCGAUGAUUGGACGGCCGCAAGUACCCGCCGCCAAUGUGACUAAUAUCUUGCAACUACAGUCGAAUUAUUACGGCUCAUCUGUCGCACGCGAGAACGUCGUUUUCACGGACGUCAUACAAAAUUCAAGGAACGUACAGAAGGUGACAUCAAGUAUGAAUCAAAGUGCGGCCUUGAAUCCAACAAUGCCUCUGGGAUUCACUCAAUCUAGAUCUACCGUUAGUAGUUCAAACCAACAAUGUGUCGUUCUGCCCAAUAACUGCAACAAAGCCACUCAGGACAAUACUAAUCAGCGAAACGACGGAAGCCAUAUCAUGACGGAGCAAUUUCCUACGCUAGGCAACUGGGUGGCGCGAAUGUCAAAGCAACAGGCUACCAAAUCGAAAUCUAAGUUGCAAUCUGGAAUAAGCUUACCAACCGCACCAACGACGGAGACCGCUCGAGCACAGAUUCCCGAACUAGAGGCGCAAAAAGUCCGCUCGAGUGCAUCGAAUAACGCGAUUCGAAACAACGUAACAGGGAGCAGAGAAAGCAGGGAAUGGCAGGAGAAAUAUCAUUAUCGUCAGCAAUUAUAUGCAGCGACAUUGUCGGCUGCGCCUCCAGUCAGACCGGGCAUCUGUCCACCUAUCUCGGUUACCCAGUUCUAUCCACCUAAUUAUGCGAUCGAUCCUUAUGGUGGUGCGGCUUUUGGCUAUCACUCGGCGAUGUGUCCCUACGGCAAUUACCCUUAUCAUUCUCGUCUGCAUGCCACCGCACCGCCGAUAAGCGGCUAUCAAAUUGGUCCGUUGCAAGAUCCAAGCGCCUCACCGCUCCGCCAGAUGCAUGCUCUCGAGAAGCGUUAUCUUCAGGAGCCGACGUCUCGUCACUGCACCACGGAUCUCCUUAAGUACUCCGGCACUUUAUCCGCGGGCGGCUAUCAGCAUGCUGCCACUGCCGGCUUGAACUACGAUCGUUUGAGGACGGCGACGGCUGCUGCUACGCAAAACGGUACCGCGUCGGCUUGUCUGCCGCCUCUUCUGUUACCGCAACAUCAACCCUCCGCGCAGCAGUCUUUGGCACGCACUCCCAUGGCCGCCUAUCCUGCGAGCAACAGCCAAUGUGGCAACAACAGGAUGAUCCCGGAUGUCGUUGCUGCGGCGGCAGCCGCUGCGGUGGUUGCAGCGGCUUCCUUCGGCCGACAGCGCGAUACGCUACCACCGUACAGAAGAACCGACACGGAAAUGAUAUCCGGAGGCAUCGGCGGUGUCAUAGAUAACAAAUCUUCGCAGCGGAUGGUGGCUAAUAGAUCAAAUCGUGAACGUUUGCCGCAGGAACAGGUGCAAUCUGUUGGCGCCGUUAGCGGUGUCAAUGUGGACUCGCGACUGCAUAACGGUGGUAGUUACCAUCAACUACAAAAUUUAAUUCUGGACAGAUUACCUUACGUAAAGACGGACGAUGCUUAUUCUCAGCCGUCGACAGCGAUCUUCGAUGACGGCGCGCAGGAGCCGACGGUAGCAUCCUCGGUGCCUACGUCGACGUACAAUUCCACUACGAUCUUGACGCCCAAUAGCGCGUUGGCCGCUAAGGAACUCGCGCGGAAGGAGAGUCGUAACUGCGAAACGCCACAUUUGGGUAAGGUGAAUCGCACUCUGGAGACUAUGAACAAUUUGGCGUGCUCUAAUUGCGGCCUCGCCGGAUCCAUGUUCAAGUGUCUGGGCUGCGAGACAGCCUUCUAUUGCGACGAGAGAUGCCAAACUCGUCACUGGAGCAUCCACGUGGAGAAAUGUCCCAAAAGAAUGCCUAAGCUAAAGAAACUUGUUUGAGAAUUAUCGUAGGAACCAUGAGAACCAUAAGCAAAAUAUCUAUUAAGUAUUAAUGUGCUCAUUCGAGUUAACGACCAAAACAACAAAUGAGAAAAAUGAGCGAUAUAUGAAUUGUGUUAUUGUUAUUUUCAUAUUCAUACAUUUACACUGACAAUUAAUGUAUCUCUAGUCAUUGUAUUAUAAAUUAUAACAAAUGCAAGUUCUCUGUCUUGCAGUCGUAUCGGAUUUACACUACGAAUGUGAUAAAGUGUGCCUGGUCGUAAGAUAAACGCUUAUUGUAAUUUUAUGGUACUCGGUUCACAGUCUGAUGUUCUGCUUUGUAAAUUAUGAACUGCGAAAUACAAAGAGUUCAGCACACCUCACGUUAUAUCUUACUAUUGUGCGGUAAACGACACAUGCAUUGUGCAAUAGUUAUAAUAUGGAAAGUAUAAAGCUCAUCGAUAUAUUAUAUGUUGUAAUGUAACGAAUGUUACGAACGUGCUACCUCUCAUGUACCUUGCAGUCGUAAGUCAUUACAAUAUAGUCAUAAUGAUUGCAUUCGAGUACUAUCUCGUUUUAAGACUCGGUCAUUCAUUUCAAUUGGAUUAUGUCUGAAAUGAGAAAUGAUAUAAACUUGUUUUAUAAAUUAUGUGAAAAAUAUAAUUUCUCAUUACUGAAAUCAUAUUCCAACAUGAUUCCAUGAUUGCAAUGAGGAGCUUUACUGCAAAGUUAGUAAUUUAAAAAAUAACUUAAAUUAUUAAUGAAAAACUGUGUGACUAAAACAGCUAGAAAAAAUUGCGAAAAAAUUUUUAUGAAUGCAUAUUUAAGAAUCGCGUAUCUAUAAGAAAUAACGCUUAUUAUAUAUUUGGUCCAAUGCUUAAUUGUUCCAUAAUCGCAAUCAACUUUUAUACUUUUAUAACAAUUUGUAAAGAAAUUGCAGCACCGCAGUUUUACUAAAAUGGAUAAAUGUCAAAUAAAUGGUUGGAAAAUAAA